GAAUUAGCAGAGAUGAGUGAGGCAAGCAUUGAUGAAGAAUGGUUGAGGUGUCAAAAGAAACAAGGACAUAAAGGACUAAUCCAAUGGAAAGACUUUCAAUCAGAUCCAGAAAAAUAUUGCAAAGAAGCGAAUCUAACUCCCAAUACAAAGAGAAUACAUUAUAUAACAGCGAUAGCAAACGUUACAGUACGGUUAGUUAUAAAGUGUGUCAGCAGCAACCGGCCACAAGUGUAUAGAUUUUUUAAACAUAGAGGAACAGAGCAUCUAUUUACUGGAAGUGGUUGUGUAGUGUAUGACGUACACGAAUCAAAACAUCCAUGUAGAUGUAUUAGAUGUAAAAUAUGGCGAUCCAAAAAUAAUACACUAAUCAAAACAUUUUCAGUUUAUAUUGUAACGGCUACACAUAAUGUUUAUGAUGAAGGUGAAGCAGAGAAAAUGACAGCUGAAUUAUAUUACAACGAUAAUGAUAGAAAAAAUGUUAAAUACUUGUACGGAGUCUCUCUGUAUGAUCGCAGUGUCAGGGAAGACUCUUGUGUUGUAGAAUGUGUCACGUGCGAUGAAGAAUUAGCCAAUGAAAUAAAAGCAAAUUUAGAAAGAUGUAAGGUGUUAUACAGAGAAUUUCCAAGAAGUGUUGAAGAAAUUGUUGCGAUCAUAUCUCAUCCACAUGCCAAACCUAAACACAUCAGUUUUGGAGAAUGUAAAAAUUCAAGUACGUUUCACUGUAAUUUACUUUCUUUAAAAUCAUUUCAAUACGUUGCAACUACAUGUCCUGGCAGUAGUGGUGGCCCUGUAUUACUGAUGAAUGAUAGAUGCACACUCAGAGGCUCUAAAUUUGAGUUGCUUAACUGCCCGUGUCAUUCAGGUGUAACUUCUGAAGGACUUAAUUUCAGUGCA